AUCAUCUUUCUGUUGGGUUUGUAGGGACACCAUUUUCAUCCCUUGAAUUUCAGCCGCAUAUCUUUUGAUCUUCAAGCAAGUUGCUCAUUACUUUUUUUGAUACUUUAGAUAUUAUCUUGACAAAUCAUGUUCUCACAAUUGUCAAAAAUGAAAAGAUAAGCAGGCUACCCCAGUUGUCAAUCCUGAUAGAGAAGAAAGAAAUGGCUCAAGCAAUUCCAAGAAUUACUUGGAACACCAAAUUCUCAAGCUCUUCUUCCAUUGCUCAUCACUUUCCUAAUUUCCAUCUCCUUCCCAUCAAUAUCAAGAGAUCACAACAGCUCCUCAAUGGCAAUUUCAGUUCUAAUUCAAGAAUUCGCUGCAAAGCAGCAAGCUUGGAAGGAGCAAAAACAGCCCCAGCACAGAUCAAGAAACCGAAAAACCGAUAUGAAAUGGUUAACUUGACAACAUGGCUAUUGCAGCAAGAACAAGCAGGCAAUAUAGAUGCAGAAUUAGCCAUAGUUCUUUCAAGCAUAUCAUUAGCCUGCAAACAAAUCGCAUCGCUUUUACAAAGGUCCAGCAUUGUUAACCUUACUGGAGCUCAAGGCACUGUUAAUAUCCAAGGUGAAGAUCAAAAGAAACUUGAUGUUAUAUCCAAUGAGUUGUUCUGCAAUUGUCUAAGAUCAAGUGGGAGGACAGGGAUUAUAGCAUCAGAGGAAGAAGAUGUACCAGUGGCAGUUGAAGAAACUUAUUCUGGAAAUUAUAUUGUAGUGUUUGACCCCAUUGAUGGAUCUGCUAACAUUGAUAUUGCCUUAACCACAGGAUCAAUUUUUGGAAUUUAUGGUCCAGAUCAGCAAUGCCUCGUAGACUAUGAUGAUGAUUCCACUACAAUUGACCAAGCCAGGGAGAAGUGUAUAGUUAGUGUUUGCCAGCCAGGGAGCAAUUUAGUAGCAGCAGGGUAUUGUCUUUAUUCAAGUUCAGUAGUCUAUACAAUCUCGGUAGGAGACGGAGUUUAUGCAUUUACUCUAGAUCCAGCAUACGGAGAAUUUGUUUUGACACAUGAAGAUAUCAAAAUACCAAAGGCUGGAAGAAUCUAUUCCUUUAAUGAGGGAAAUUAUGAUCUAUGGGAUGAGAAAUUGCAGAAUUAUAUUGACCACUUAAGGCAACCAGGUCCUAAUGGCAAGCCAUAUUCAGGGCGUUACAUAGGUUGUCUUGUUGGCGAAAUCCACAGAAUGCUGUUGUAUGGUGGUAUUUAUGGCAACCCUAAGAACAAGAACAGCAAAAAUGGGAACUUGAGGCUCUUGUAUGAGUGUGCCCCGAUGAGCUAUAUCAUAGAACAAGCUGGUGGCAAAGCAACAGAUGGCACCCAAAGGAUACUAGAAAUCAUGCCUGAGCAGAUACAUCAGCGAACAGGUAUUUUUAUUGGAAGCCCAGAAGAAAUUGAGAAGCUGGAAAAGUACCUUGCCUGAGAGCUCUCAUUUUAUGUGUCAUCUGAUGUGAUGCAAGUUAUUUACAAGAUAUUUUAGUGUAUCAAAACUGACAAUGUACCUAGAGGUUUCUAUGUUAAAUCAAAUCCAUCCCAUAUUUUACAGAUGAA